AUGUCAUCGAAGCCGCAGCCCAUCGCCGCCGCCAACUGGAAGUGCAACGGCACCCAGAAGUCGCUCACCGCACUCAUUGAGGCCUUCAACGCGGCGAAGAUCGACCACGACGUGCAGUGUGUGCUUGCCCCCACCUUCCUGCACAUCCCAAUGACGAAGUCGCAGCUGACGCACCCAAAGUUCCAGGUUGCGGCGCAAAACGCCAUCGUCAAGAGCGGCGCCUUCACGGGCGAGGUCUCCCUCGAGAUCCUAAAGGACUACGGGAUCAACUGGGUUGUGUUGGGCCACUCAGAGCGUCGCUCCUACUAUGGCGAAACGAACGCCAUCGUCGCGGAAAAGGUCGCUGAGGCAUACGCCGCUGGAUUCCACGUUAUUGCCUGCGUUGGUGAAACCAACGCAGAGCGUGAGGCUGGCCGCACUGCCGUCGUCGUCUUGGAGCAGCUCGCUGCCAUCGCGGAUAAGCUUAGCAAGGAGGCGUGGUCUCGCAUCGUCAUUGCCUACGAGCCUGUGUGGGCCAUCGGCACCGGUAAGGUGGCGACCCCGCAACAGGCGCAGGAGGUUCAUGAAUUGCUGCGCCGUUGGAUGCAGAGCAAGGUGGGCGCGGAAGUCGCCGCGCAGCUGCGCAUUCUGUACGGCGGCUCAGUGAGCGCCAAAAAUGCCUGCACGCUGUACCAGAUGCAUGACAUCAACGGGUUCCUCGUGGGUGGUGCCUCGCUCAAGCCGGAGUUCGUUGAAAUUAUUAACGCCACAAAGUAG